AUGAAGGAUUUACGGGAUGCUAUGAGAUUGUCCAAGAUUAAAAUGGAGCUUGAAAAUCUAUACAAGAAUGAUCCUUUCUGCAGCACUAGUGGCACGAAAGAUGAUGGUUCUCAUAGCACACUCCCAGUUGAACCAAAUGAUCAGAAAUCUGAGGAUCAUCACCCUGAUAAAACUGAACGAGAGAAUACACCACGAAAUGACGACUAUGAAGCAGAUGAAGAUGAAAGCAGUACAGAUGAGAACUCUGAGGAAGAGGAUGGCAUUGCUGAGGAUAACAAUGAAGAUGGAGAUAAUAAUGAGGAACAUAACUACGGUGAUGAUAGCGAUGAUGGUGACAGUGACGAUGAUUCUAAUGAUGAUGAUGAUGAUGACAUCGAAAGAUCUCCCAUCAUUGGAAAAAUCGUGAUGAUUCCUCCUACUGAUCGAUACUAUCCCCUAAACGGUCGAAACGACUAG